UAUUUAGCGCAACAUUUAGUGAUUGCAAGCAAAAAAGAAAAAAAAAAACAGUCGUAUGAUAUAUAAUCGUGACUGGCAUCAUGUACGAGUAAGUGACGUAAUUGGAGCUCAGUCAAUCCGCGUGCUCCUCCAGCGGAGCAAAAACGCGCGCGCCCUAUAUUAAUCCGGUAAAGCGCCGCUGUCCGUUCAGCACCACUGACUGACUGUGAGGAGAGUUGAAGCGCGCGCACUGGAUACUCGACGGGUAAUGCUCUGGAUUUACAAAACAUACCUUAUCUCUUCUUAUUUGGACUGCGACUUGGUGUGAAUUUUUAUGAAACUGACGAGGAAUUAAGAGGACUGCAACAGUGUUCUAUUUGGAAAAAAUACAUUAGUUGAUAGUUAAUGCGCUCACACUAGUUAUUUGACGGCUAAAGCUGUGGAUUUACAACACAAUUAAAGGCGGUAUAUCUCUUUGUUUGUACUGCUGUUUAACUUUUUACCAACGGGCAGCUACGCGUGAUGCGUCAGUGGAAAGGGACAGUUUUCUCUUCAAAACAAUAUAUUCGAAUGUAUUACUAAAUACUUAUUUAUAUAUAUUUAUACUACUUUAGGCGACUUUUCGUCGAGCUAACUGAAGUACGUAAGUUUUAUGCCUUUAAUAACCAAAAAUAUGCUCGCACUCCUCCUGUCACUGCUGCUUAUAUUCGCGUCAGGGAGCGGAAAAGUGGCUCGCGCGACCGCCGCGAAAGGAAACCGCUACGUGUGCACGCCAGUGCCCGCCGGCACCGACCUCAGCUGUCCGACAGACACGAGCAACAGGGUCCAAAGCACGAGCCCGCAGGAAGAACAGUUGCGGAGCACCAUUAUUCAGCUGCGCGAGACCAUCCUCCAACAGAAGGAGACUAUCGUCAGUCAACAGGGAACCAUCAAAGAGCUCAACUCCAAACUCGCGCGCUGCGAGGCUGAUGACAAGUCGCGGGGCAACGCGCGCAGGAAAGAUUUUGGCAAAAACACGAUGGGCGACCUGCCGCGCGACCCCGCCGAGACCGUAGAGCAGCUGGGCAAGACCAUGCAGAGCCUGAAAGACCGACUGGAGAACCUGGAGCAGCAGCUGCGUACUAACACAUCCGGUGGACCGUUUCCCAACGAUCUGAAAGACCUGCUGAGACGUCGCCUGGGUGACCUGGAGAGCCAGCUGUUGACCCGAGUGGCCGAACUGGAGGAGGAAAAGAGCCAGCUUUACAACGAGACCACCGCUCACCGUCAGCGCACAGAAAACACCCUGAAUUCACUGCUGGAGAGGAUCAACGAGCUGGAGAAAAGUAACAGCGCAUUUAAAUCACCAGAGGAUUUUAAGGUGUCUUUGCCCUUGCGCACCAACUACUUGUAUGGCCGCAUAAAGAAGAGUCUGCCGGAGAUGUACGCCUUCACCGUUUGUAUGUGGCUCAAGUCCAGCGCCAGCCCUGGAAUCGGAACACCGUUUUCCUACGGCGUCCCGGGGCAGGCCAAUGAGAUCGUGCUGAUCGAGUGGGGAAACAACCCAAUCGAGCUUCUCGUCAAUGAUAAGGUAGCUCAGUUACCUCUCUCCGUGAGUGACGGGCGCUGGCAUCACAUCUGCAUCACCUGGACAACCAGAGAUGGCUUCUGGGAGGCCUAUCAGGAUGGAGAGCGACUAGGGACCGGAGAGAACUUGGCCCCGUGGCACCCAAUUAAACCUGGAGGAGUCAUUAUACUGGGACAAGAACAGGACAUCGUAGGUGGGAGAUUUGAUGCCACGCAGGCUUUCGUGGGAGAGUUAAGCCACUUCAACAUGUGGGACAGAGUCCUGCGUCCUAUAGACAUCUCCGCUAUGGCCAACUGCUCCACCUACAUGCCUGGCAACGUAGUGCCAUGGGUUGACGGCAACGUGGAGGUAUUUGGCGGUGCCACAAAAUCAGCACUGGAGAUUUGUGAAGAUCGUCUCUUUGAUUCCUAAAAACUUUUCUGUAGAUUUAUAAGCAAGCGCGCUUAUCGAAACCAUGUCCCAAUAUCACGCCGGGAAACUUACAGAGAGACAAAGGCACUCUGAUUUGACAUGGAUUAUUGCAUCCUUUAUUCUGCUAUUUUUUCGCUGUCAGUCUGGACAAUAAAAUGUUUGAAAUGUAUUUAAAAAAAUAAAUAAAAAAUCUGCGCGCACAUUCAAGGUCAGAAUCCAGUAUUGGCUGACACAAAACUGUCUUGUUGAUAUUAAAUAUGCUUUUCUCUGUGUAGCGUCCUUCAAAAACUUCAACAAACUCGUGGCUAUUUUUAAGCACUACAGUAAAGAUGGAUUUUUUCUGUCUAACAUUGAGCUUUUGUCAUAUCGUAGAUGGGGUGAUGCUUUUCAAACCACUUAUCAUGAAGACUGAGCUUUAUAAAACACAUACGAAUGUGCUAGUCUGUAACACCUUAUUCAGACUGAGGUGUGUUUGUCACAGGAGAUUAGUGGAGGAGACAUUUUGUAAAUCUGCUAUAAGUCAAAAUGCUAUAAGUAACCAAAUGUUGGACUACAGCUUCCAGAAGUCCUCAGGAGCUGGACGGACCACAGGUCAGGAAGGUCUUUAGCUGAAGGUUUUCACCUUAUGAAGCUCGUGUUCGAUUAUAAAUAGUUUAUACAAGAUUUUGACAAGCGCAUGACGCUAUGAAAUUAACUGUGAGAAAUCGACAGGGAAUGUUUUUAAAUAAUGUUUUAAUAUACAGCAAAUAUAUACACAUGUAUGUCGUGUUUUUCCAGUAAGCCUUUUAGACCCUUGCACAAUGCACUGAGACUAUUUUUUUAAGGAGAUGAAACAGAAAUAUUGAUGGGCACUAAUGAGGUUGACAGUGUGGGCUCUCAUUGAGAGCAUGAUGACAGGAUGUACAAUUGAUCUGAUCUCUAAAAUCUGAUAAUGCAUGUGGCUGAAUCUCACAAAACACAAACAUGUCUCAAAGCAAGAAAUAAUAGAAAACAAAUCUUGUAACUUUAAUGAAUUAAUUUGAUAUCAUUUUAGUUCCUGUAAAUAUCAUGGUGUGGUACUUCACUACUGCAUUUUUUAAAAUAAAUAUUCGUUUUAUUAUUGGGGUUGAAAUGUGACCUAUAAAUGUUUUCAUGAGAUUCAUCCGUGCGCUUUUCUGAUUUGAUUUGUGUUUGAUCUACUUAUAUGACUUAUUUAAAUGGUAGGAAUGUGUUUAUUUAGAGCAGUGCAAUAUAUGGGACACUUUAUGUAAAUGUGGUCCUCAUCAUUUCUGUGUUUCACGUCUCGCUGCACCAGUGGGCUUGUCGUUUUCACCGUGUCACAUGGAUGUUUUCAUUUCAGCUAUGAUGAAAGUCUGUGUUAAAUUUACAGGUGCAGCGUUCUACAUACAGUAGUAGAUACUGUUCAUGCAUUCGUGUGUUUCCCUCGUUGACACAUGCUUGUACACAGGCUAUUCUUUAUCUGAAUGUAAUGUACUGCUAUUUUGUGUCAAAAAUGGUGGGAUAAAAAUAUCUAUUUUUAUGUUUUAUGUUGCUUUCAAGUCAUGUCAAGAUGAUAAUAUUUUAAGGAUGAGCAGGCAGUAUAUACUGUACCACUGCAUUGUCACAAAUAGCAGUGAGACACUGACUGGUUUCUUGCAGAAAUACUGCUGUGUCUGUAUUUAUAGAGCAAAUUGUUUUACGUUAAAAAAGUAUUAAUAAGUUUUUUUUUUAUGUUUUUUUAUAAAAACUUAAAUGCUUAUUUCUGUUUGGUAGAAUUUUAAAACAUGUUAUUUUCAUUCUUGCCAAAAUUAUUUAAUGCAUUAUCUUGAUUUAAAGUAAAAAAAUUCGAAAAGGGACUUGAAGGCAACAUUUAAAAAAUCUUCUUUAUAAACUGAUUCAGAAUGUAAUGUUUGUCCAAAAAUGAAUGGCCUUUUCUAAGCACCAAUUGUGCUUUCUGGGGUUUUCAAAGUUUUAACCCCUAAUGUAAGUAAGAUCACAACAUGAAUUGAUGAGAGCAAGGAAAAUAAAAGAUGCAGAAAUUGGUUGAUUUGAAAUCUUCAGACAAAGCAACCUGGAUAUGUUGUUCAGCAUGGAAAAUGCUGAAUGUCCUUUU